CCGUGCCGGGCCGAGGGGAGCGCGGUCGCAGCCAUGUCGCACGGGGCUCGAGUGAUCCGCACCGGGGUCAGCAGCGCGGGGCCCGCCGCCCCGCCGCCCGUCACCGUCGCCUCCUCCUCGGCGGGCUCGGACGCGGAGCUCAUGGACGGCGGCUAUUUCCGCUCCUGCGCCGGCAUGCUGAAGGUGGCUCAGAUGAUCACGCUGCUGAUUGGAUUCAUCAGUGUAAAUAAUUCUCCAUGGACAGAUUACAGUGCAUACAGCUUCUUUCAGAUUGUCACCAUGUGUGAUCUGGUUAUGAUUUUGUUCUUCUACAUCAUGCACAUUUUCAGAGUCUACAGGAAGCUGACUUGUGUUAGCUGGCCGCUCGCGGAGUUUCUUCAUUACUUAAUUGGUACAAUUCUGCUUCUCAUUGGAUCGAUUGUAGCAGCAUCCAAGAGUUACAAUAUAACUGGACUUGUGGCUGGAGCGACUUUCGGGUUCCUGGCUACGAUACUUUGUGUUAUAAGCAUGUGGUCAUCCUACAAGGUUUCGUGCAUCACACAGUCAACAAAUGCAUCUGUGUGACUUCAUCACCUGUGCAAGACGUCUGCCUUACAAAACAGGAUGCCAAAGAGGAGUGUCCACUACUGAGGAGAGAGACAUGGAUGUUUUGUUACUAGCCUGGACAAGCUGGUAGCUUUGGAAGAUCUACUUGAAUUCCUAUGCAAAACAAUGUUGUGAACCAAAGUUUUUUUGCUCCCCCCACCCAAAGAAGUUUAUAAUGGGGAAUCUGCUUGUUUCAGAGAAAGACAACUUCUUUCUCUCAAGCUGGGCUGUGGUGGCUGUUUCCUGCUAUUUGCAAUAAGUGUUAUUUAAAACUCAUUUGGACAGUCAUUUGGUUCUCCUUUCAGAGGGAUGGAAAAAUUCCUUCUGAUUUCCUCCAUCUGUUUACACAAGGGAAAUCCUGCAAAUUCCUACCUGAUUCUUAACUUCCAAGGAUUAUAUGUUUAACAAAUGAACAGUUACAAACUAAUUUGUGCCUGGAUAAGCUGACCCAAGCGUUUGUUAGCUCUUUCUAUCAGAACUGUGGACUUUUUCUAACAUCAGCUCAGCUAGCAUCAAAAUUUAAGAACUGCAACUUGAAAACAUCAUUGCAAGCACUUCUUCCUAGCCCCAACAGUACACGAUGAAAUCAGGGAUUUUCUCCAUGAAUUUUUAGCAAAGAUUAUUCUUUUAAAAUUCCCUUGCCAAAUAGAGGAAAAUACGCACCCGAGAACAUACAUUUAAUGUUUUAUGAGGUCUUUUUUCUCCUUUUCAUAGUAAGCCCACUUCUUUAAAAAAAUUCUAUGCAUUUGCUAUAAAUUAUUUGCUUUGUAAUCUUAACAGUGUUUAUGGAAAGCCCAUUGUGAAAGGAGCAAUGUGCUUCUUUCUCUCUCUUACAUGUGAUAUUGUCACUUCUCUGCCUCAGCUGGAAUCCGUGCUCCUGGGGACUCUGCCCAGAGCCUGGACAGGCAGAACAAUUCAGUUUUGUCCAACCUGGUAUCAUAAUGAAAUUCUAUGUAACUUCAGUGCUGAGACAAUGCCUUCUUGGCACCUUUGUCUUUCUUUUUGCAAUCCAUCUCUGGUGAGCUGGGAAUUCUUUGCAGGAAAAAAGGAAGCAUGGGCCUCUCUUCCUCUUUGGUGCUUCUCCUAUCAUGUCUAGCUGUGAAGUAGAACUUGGUUUAUUCUGUUGGGAUAAGUGCAUGAUGGUGCAGCAGAAGUUGGGUUUAUACAGUUUACCAGGGACAGUCUGAAGAAAAAAGCAUUUUCUGGCCUCCUAUUUAUUUUUCUAUUUGUCUGAAAUUCUGCAUCAAUAAUGCUAAGUAAUUUAAUGGUUGUCUCAGAAAACUCUUUUUGUGCCUCAUGGCAGGUCAAUAUAUAUUGCUAUUUGUUGCCACCUUUUUUUUUUCAUCCUAAUAUAUGUAUCUUUACUUAGAAUUUAUUUUUAAUUCUGACAACAGAAAAUUGGCCAGCUGCUAAAAUGUCAAAAAUUUUGAGUAAGUAAAUGAAAGUAGAUAACUUGAAGAGGUAAGAAUCCCCCUCCUCAUGGUGCACAGUUUCUGUGAUUCUUUUUGCUAUUCCUUUUCAAAAGUGUCCUGUUUGAAGCAACACAGAGCAGGAAACAAUUCAAAAGGACAAAAUUCUGUUUAUAGUGGAUGAAGGUACAUACAUUCACUCCAAGAUAUAGUGCUUCAGUAUUAACACAGAGGAUUAUUCAAAUAAACCAUAUAACAGGCCAUAUAACCAUUAGUAACAGGUAUAUUGUUACUAAUUUCAUAUUGGUGAUUAUUUUUCUACAGUGUUCAACUUCUGCCCCCUACCUUCAGAUGAUGUGUUUUAUGCUUAGCCAGGGAUGAGCCAUUUUUUUCUUUUUGACAACCAGAAUUGAGCAUAGCUCAAAGGCUUUCUGGCAAGAGAGAACAAACAUUCUCCUCAGCUGGGAAUCCAUUGUCAGCAGUGUCAGGGAUAGCUCAGCCUUCCUUGUGCUGCCAGCACAGGACCACUCAAAUGGCCUUAUGUGACAAGAGACUUCAUUCUGGGCACUUUGAGUGAAAAUACCUGCAGAACAAGGUACUCACACACACACACACUCACACACAUACGUGUGUGUAUAAUUUUUUGCAACAGGGGUGCUUGAUCUCCAGUCCUCCUGCCAAGACUGACUUUACAGUUUUUGGAAAGCAGCACUCUGGCUUUAAUUUGCACUGAUAUGACAGAUGUUUGAGGAUACAACCUCUCCUGUUUUCCUAGAAGAAAAAGGCUGUGCUAUUUCUCCUUCACCUCCUGAGGUAUUACCUCAGAUUGACAGUAGGAACCUUCCCACAUUAAGCUUUAAGCCCACUUGGCAGUCCUGUGGCAAGCAGUGUUGUGCUGCAGACAGGGUGAGUGCAGCUGACACCUCAGCCCUGCAGUGGCAAUGGGGAGAAGCACCUGCUAAGGACUGGGGCUGGAGCCUGAGCUUGCUCUGCAGAAAAUGCUGUUUCCACUUUCUCCUGGAACCAUGCUCCCUCUCCUGGCACUAUGCUGGCUUUUUUUUCUGCCUCUCACAUCACUCUUGUCAGUUGUCACCAUAUGGAGAAAAAAAAGUCAAGGGGAAUUUCAUGCAGUCUAACGACCAAAGAAUUUCUGAACCAUGUUCUGUGAUCAUCCAAAGAAUAUGUUUUGCUGUAAGUGCACUUGCUUAUACUGGAUCAAGAGAUGUGAGUUACCAGUUCCCUUUUGGCUUUUGUGCCUAUUCACAGGGCUAAAAUAUUCCUGCAGCUUUGGCUGUUGUGACAGCGCCGGGUCCACAGACCCACCAGAUGCUCCUAAUCAGGAUGCUCUCAAGCUGGAAGACUGACAUCUCUGCUGCCAAAGUUUCCUUGCUUUCCCCAAAUCCUCCUUGUGAAGCAUGUCUACCAAGAAGAGCACAGAUUUUCUGUUAUCACCAGCUCCACCGGGGGUUGCUGAAUGACAGCUCCGUCUGGCAGGGAAUUCAACACCUCUCUGCUGUACCUCUGCCAGCAAAAGUGUUUUAAGUCUCCUUCAGUGUCAACCUGGUUCUGAAAGCUCCAUCUGUCUGCAACUUUGGCAAAUAUGGGAUUCCAGCUGUUUUAGAAAUAAACUCUGUUAGCUUUCUGGGUGAUGUGGAGAAUCAGACUGUUGUCCUGGUCAUUUUUUUCCUUCCUCUACCACAGCAGUGGCUUUCUCUCAGGGGAGUAUCAGAAUACAUCCUGUAACUGGAGGAAGAUAGGUAAGAGCCACAGAAAAACCUGCUGUUGUGUUUGGAUGUGCUCCAACUAUCCCACCCAAAAGUUGUCCAUCCUCUUCAGCUCCAAGAUGAGUGUAGUUUAUCCUUUGAGCUAACACAGAGUUUGAGAUUCAGUUUUUACUGAAAAAUUAAAGUGUAAAUGCUGGGAGAAGAAAAUUGGUAGUACAAACUGUUUCAUACUGUGAAAAAACCGAAACCUCAUGUUUGAGCUCUGGGGAUUUGAGAUAAGCUAGAGAGUGAAUGGUGCUUUUGUCAGGUAGAAACCAGGAAAAUGAGAAGGGGAAAUGAAACUUUUAAAAAAGAGGAAGAGUGGCUUUGAAAAUCUUGAGGACCACAGUGCUGGAUGAAGACACUGCAGGUUAUGUGACCUGCAUAACUUGCAUGCUUUUUCUGUUGCUGAGAAUUGGUUGCACUGUUUGGAAACAGUUCACUAUGUGGGGCAGCAGGAUACCAGGAUAAUGAUAACUUGUAAGGAAGUGUCUGUGUGCUGGUGGGGUGUCGAAUGAUGCUCCAUGGAAGAAGGCUAGGAACUUUCUAGCACAAAAAGGAGCAGGAGAGAAGGAAGAUCAGGUGCAGACAUCCAUAGAAAGCUAAUGAGGGGAAACUAAUGUGAGUGCCUUGUGCACUAAUAGAAGUGGUGGCAGAUAUUAACAGUUUCUGUGCUGGUUAUUAAAGGGCAGAUCUGCCUGGAGUGACAGAGAAGUCUCUUUACUGCUUGCCUGCACUUUAUACCCUGUGUCUGGGAUUUUCCUGUUCUGCUAAAGCUGGGGGGAUGCACGAGACCUGACCACAGGCUGUGGAACGUGGCAUGAAGUUGCCACACGCUCUGCCCUGUUUCAUUUUAAAUUGCUGUGGGCUCCACUGUGCUUAGAGACAGCAUGGAGCCACAUGGGCUGCUGAGGCUGUGUGCUGCCCAGGGGCCUUGGCCAUCCCUGCAGCUUGGGCAAAGUGUGGACCUACUUUUAGACUGAGUGCCAUCAGAAAGCCAAGGAAAGCUGGAUUUACCUAUCUCUGGGCCCUGCUGGGCAUCCUGGAGGUGCUGCUGGUUGUGAGAGCCAGGGAGAAGAGGGGGAGCAGAGAAAGGGAGGCCCACAUCCUGUUCUUUCUGCCUGCAGAGAUUUACACCCCAGUGGCAGGAGAGAGCCCUCACCACAAAGCUCUAGGGUGCUCUUAAGCAACCCACAUGUUUGGGCUGUUUCAAGUUUCACACUGGAGCAAGUGCAAGUGCCAUGUCCUUGGCUUACCCCUCACUCCUCUGCAGACACACGGGGCUGCACACUUGCGAGGCCAUCCUGUUGGGAACAUGGUUCCAGUCCCUGAUCCCAGGGCUUUUCUAACCCUGCUAAACCCUUCUAACCCUAGCAGGUCAGAAAGUGGCACUAGUGCUUGUUAUCUCCCUAUCCUGGAGAAGAACAAUUACUUUUUUCCAGCACAACGGCAGCUGGAAAACAGGAAAAGAAUGAUGUCCUUUCCAGAGAUCACUGAUUACCCACAGCAGGCUACUCCAGAGUUUAUUUCUGUUCUGCCUGUCCCUGAGCCCAGUCCAUCAGCCUCAGCUGGUCCCCUGGGUCAGCACACUGGUUUCUCACAGUCAGUAUGGCAAGUACACAUCAGUGUUUGUCACUAGGGACUGAUCAGCAUCCGCAGCGGGUUCCCACCACCCCAGAACUUGCACAAAAUAAAGAAAAGGCCAUAUUUCUAACUAACUGAUGAUUCAUCCUCUUGUUAUCUCAUAUUUGCACUGUUCUACUGUCUAAAGGACUUGCCAAUUCAUUAAGGAUCAAACAAGCCCUCAUCACGUGCCUGAACCAGUCCCUCUGCCUUGGGGCAGUUGGCAAAAAAAAAAAAAAUCUGUGUUUUUUGCCCUUUACCAAACCUCUGCCUGAGCUGUGCUAAUAGUGAAAGUGAAGCUGUCUGGCAUGCCCAGAAACAGCAAUUCACAGGUGGGAAGAUUAAAAGUUAGAGGGGAAAAAAGGAAAAAAACAAGGGAAGAAGAAGAAAACAAUAAUUAGAAGAGUUGCAGCAUCACAGGAGUUUACCUGCCUCAGGGAUGAGGUGGCUGCCAGAUUUCAGUUUUUCAGGUGAGCUUUCAGUUUGAUAUGGAGGCAGAAUUUAGGUACCAAAAUCCUUGGCAUUGUUCUGGCUUAGUGCUGUGAAAGCUUGGCUUUAGGAUUCCAGCGCUGAAUAGUCAAAGGUCGGGUUUGACUGUGGCUGCUUGUACUGUGCUGCAGGGACAGCAGUAUGAUAGGGAGGGCUCAUGAAAGGAGGCUGCGAGGGACCUUGGCUUUUUGUGUGGUCAUGGUGAGGAAUGAGGGCAGAGCUCAAAGAGAAAGUGCAGAUGAGGAAGCUGAAAUCCAGGGGUCACUGCAGAGUAGCAGCACUACCAACCUUUCCUGAGGGAACAGCUCAGCACAAUGCUGUUCCUUGGAUUAACAUUUUUAUAUCGCUUCCUGAGCAUAACACCACCUCCAGCAGCACCUGGUUUUGCCAUAUUGUUGAACUACAGCCUUACAGAAAGGCACAACAGUAUUUUCAAAAGCAGUUUUGUCACUGGGUAAAUGCUGGCUCUCAGGUGAGACAUGUAUUUGGGUAAAGUAUGUCCUUCAGAGCACUAUCCUUCAGAGCACUAGCCAGCCAUAAAGGCCUGAACUUUUGAAGCAGAAAAAAAGGAUUAGAACAUAGAUAAAUUUGCUUCAAUUAAAAUUAAUUUUUGAUAA